AUGUCUCCAACCUCGUCCUCCUCGGCGGCCGUGAUCCGCAACGCCCUCACCUCGGACGAGUUUGUGCGCCUGCGCGCCCCGAAACGCCGUCAGGGCAACGCGCCGUCCAUCCACCACCACCACCGCCGCCGCGAGGACGAGAACGCCGACCCGCUCGAGGGCGACGACGGCGGCGAGCACCCGACCCGCCGCCGCGCGUCGUCGUCGUCGUCGUCGUCGUCGUCGAGGACCCGCAGGGCCAAGCAGCCCGCAGGGUCGCCUGCGCUCAGCGGCAGCUCGUCGCCCCGCCUCGGCGCCACCUCGAGCUCGGCGACGACCCCCGACCCCAGCAAGCCGCGCUCGUCGUCGUCGUCGUCGCGCCGCAACUCGCCCCACGGUGCCCGCGCUGGGGCGUCGCUCGCCGUGCCGCGCGCAGCAUCGACGACGGGCGCGGGCGCGGGUCCGGGCGCAGGCUCGAGCAGCGGCGCGGCAGCGAGUGCGCCCGGCGGUGCGAGCAGCAGCAGCAGUAGCGCGCGCUCUCGUUUCCGCUCCGAGCGCACCACGCCUCGCACGGCCUCCUCCUCGUCGUCCUCGUCGCGUGCGUCGCCGGGCCUCGCCGGCCUGCGCACCGUGUCGGGGCCCGUCGUCGUCGGCUCGCUCGAGCGCGCGGCGCCGGGUGCGGGUUCGGGUUCGGGCGCGGGCGCGGCCGAGGCGCCGCCGUGCGGCUGCGGCGUGUCGACGAUGGCGCUCUCGCCCUCUCACUCGUGGACACCUGCACCUACCCCGACACCUACACCGACACCGACACCUCGCGCCAGGCCCGCUCCCGCCUCCAGCUCCAGCACCCCCUCGCUCACCCCGUCCGCCCCUUCCGCCCCGACCCCAGCCGCAACCCUCUCGCUCAGCCCGCUCGCCUUCCUCGGCUCGAACCCCCCAGCGCCUCACGAGCCCAUGCUCCCGCUCCCGCCGUGCGUCACCCCGACCGAGGUGCGCGCGCUCGGCGCAGAGGCGGCACCGGGCGGAAGGGCGCUCGAGGCGGAGGUCGUCGUCGUCGAUGAUCAUCGCGAAGAACGAGCGGCAGCGGCGGCGGCGGCGGCGAUGGGGACGGUGGGGACGGCGGGACAGGGACGGGGCGCGAGGAGGGAGGACGAGCCGCCGAGGGCCGCGGGCUCGUUCUUGCCCAGCCCGAGCGACAGCCCGCGCGGCGGCGGCGACGCGGCGGGCCUUGCCGUGAGUGCGCCCCGCAGCAGCAGCAGCAGGGCGGCGAAACCCACGCUCGCUGCGCUGCGCCCGCUCUCGCUCUCGGCCGCCGAGCAGCAGCAGCAGCAGCCGCAGCAGCAGCUCCUCCCGAGCCCGCUCAGCGCAACGUCGGCGUCGGCGUCGGGCGGCCCGCCGCGCACGCGCAGGCGCACGAGUCGCGCACCGUCGUCGUCGUCGUCGUCGUCGUCGCCCGCCGUCGUCGUCGUCGACGAGCGCGACACCGUCAUGGUGACCGACUCGCCGUCGCCCUCGUCGUCGCACCCGUACCCGCACGCGCACCACCACCAGCAGCAGCACCACCAGCAGCAGCAGCCGCUCACCCGUCCGCCGCUCGCGACCUACACGAGCUUCGAGGAGUCGUUCGGGAUCAAGCGGCCGCUGACGCCCCCGAGCUCGCCUCGUCGCGGCGGCGGUGGGGGGCGCGCAGGGCACGACGAGGAGCGCGAGCGCGAGGGGCAGCAGGGCGAGGGGCAGGGGAGGAGCUGGUGGCAGCUUUGA